AAUUAUAUUUGCUGUCAGGCGAUCAUACACGGAAAAUAUUGAUAAGUCAUUCUAUAAAAUAUUUUGUUUUGUCCCAGUAGGACACGAGUUUAAUCAUUAUUCUUUGUCGAAGUCGCCUUCUGCGCCAGUGUGUGUAAAGGCUGCACUUUCGACGGUUUACCAGCGCUUUUCUCUUGUUAUUCAAAUCAAUUACGCGUUAAUUUGCAAAAUGAAGGUCAUCGCCGUGGCUAUUUCCUGCCUCCUGGCACUAUCUGCAGUUUCAGCGGAUACAUGCUUCAGUGAUGUAUCUAUGGACUGCAGUCAAGCUUCUAACAGUCUUGUUUUUUCAGGACUGCCAAGCUGUAACGCCAUCUAUGGUCACUUCAGUCGUCAAGGGAACGUAGCAAGUGAGAUGCAAGCAUACGCUAACUUGCACCUCCGUAGAUCUUAUGAAUACUUACUUUCUGCUGCCUAUUACAACAACUACCAGACAAACAGAAAGGGAUUUAGCAAGUUGUUCACAAAACUCUCAGAUGACACUUGGGACAAGACGAUUGAACUCAUCAAGCAUAUUACAAAGAGAGGUGGCACCAUGGACUUCGCUCGCCGCAGCACCCAAGAGACAGUUACUGCUGCAAAGAACAGCACCAUCGAACUCCAAGAAUUGGAAUCCUUAGCUCACGCUCUGGACACACAGAAGGAAAUCGCUGAACGUGCCUUCUACAUCCACCAGGAAGCCACCAGGAACAAUCACAAGACUCAUGACCCAGAGAUUGCACAGUACUUAGAAGAGGAAUUCAUUGAAGAUCAAGCAGACACAAUCAGAAACCUUGCGGGACACACAUCUGAUCUGAAGCAGUUCAUUGUGCAGAAUGAUGGCAAAGACUUGUCCAUUGGCCUAUAUCUUUUUGACGAGUACCUUCAAAAGACCGUUUAAAUGUUUAAUCUGUGUAGUUCCAUUUUUAAUCUGUAUUUUUUUUACUAUUUAAUCAAAAUAUUAAUUGUUUAGCCUUCAAGUUCUAGGAUUUUAGUGAUAUAAUAUACAUAUUUAAUUUUUGCAUCAGCAAAAAUAGAUAAUAAAUGUGAUAGACUAGAUAGUCAGCCAUUUUUAAAAUUACUGUAGCUCUGGCAACAUUAUAUAGGUACAAAUACGGCUGUAAUUUUAGUUCCAUAUUCAAAUUGUAUUUUUUUUUUCAAAUAAAUUCUAAUUAGCCCAAA